AUUGGGGGCCUACACGGAGUCGGGGGAAGGGUCUACGCGGGUGGCGGUCCCGAGUGCCAUGGCAGGUGCCAGCCCUGGGGUUGCUCCGUUGACUUCAGCAGAGCUAUGCAAUCUUAUAUCCGCUAAGGAUCUGGCCCUGUGGUCUUUCUUUUUGUUUUUCAGUCAUGAGGAGCCAAAUCAACUCCAUUGGGGGUUGGCACUCAGCUGUUGACACUAUCUAGUCCAAACAGUUAAUUAGAAUAUGGGUUUGGAGAGCCAAUGUCCCUCAUUAGAUUGACAGAAACACUGUUUUUGUAGGCACCAUACAUGGGGCAUGAACAUGAACAUCGUCAUGGGAAAAUGGAACUCCCUGACUAUAAACAAUGGAAGAUAGAGGGUACUCCGCUACAGGAUGUCCAAGAAAGACUGGCUAGGCGGGGUCUUAGAGAUCCAUGGCUUCGCAAUGAGGCAUGGAGAUAUAUGGGUGGCUUUGCAAAACCUCCCACUGUUCUGGACGUUCUCACCAAAGGUUUCAAGUGGGGAUUCGUAGCCUUUGUGGUAGCACUUGGGGUCGAGUAUGCACUGUUUCCUCCGAAGAAAAAUGGAGGACAUCACUGAAAAUGGAAUAGCAGAACUUCUCAAAGUUAUUUACACAGUUCUAAAUUAAAACAUGUUAUACAAUAGCUUACUGCUUUUGUUGCACGUGUAAAGAUGCCUAUUAAAAUUUCUCAUUGGCAAGAGCA